AUGAAUACUUUCUUCUUCUUCGUUCUUGUCUUCUUCGUCUUCUCUUCUUCACUCAUGGCUCAUUCGGACAGGCACGUUCGUUCACUUUGUGGAGUUAAAGCAGCAAAGAACAUCCUCAAAAUCUGCCCAGGAGAGAAAGGAAUUCCAUGCAAUAAUGGAGCCCUCCCAAGCAUGACCGAAUACUGUUCAAUGGGAUUUUCCGACAGUCAAAUCAAGUUCAUGUGCUGCCCAGAUACCCUCAAGAAGUGA